UCUGUCCAUUUUUAAAGGGAAAAAAUAAUCUAUUCUCAUACAGUAAGAAAUAUGCAUGCAUCAUCAUGUAUGCGCAUGCCAAACUCUGUCACGCAUCAUGUAUCAAGGUAUUGUAUAUGUCACUUUUAAAGGAAAAUCUCACUGUAAUUUGCAUCAAGCUAUCUUUUUGUUGUUGAGCGCCACAAACUUUGAAACGUUUGUCCUUUUCCCCUUCAUUUGUUUCCUUCUAAAACAUUCAUUUGGUUUUCUCUCUCUUGAAGCUAAUUAUCUCUCCAAGGUGCAAACUUCUCUCUCUCUCUCUCUCACCUUCUGCUACCUCAAAGGUGCGAUCUUUAUGCUCUAUAUGAUGAUGAUGGAUUGUGGGGUGUUGAGAUUUUCAUUCUUGCAAUUCUUGAUCUUGAAUUUGGCAUGUUGCUGCAUAGGAUUCCAUCCUAUUGAUAAAUACUACAUAAAUUGUGGAUCAUCAACUGAUGUAGCAAUAGGUAGCAUCACUUAUAUAGCUGAUAAAUCAUCUUCAAGAUUCCUCUCAACUCCACGAGAUAUCUUAGCCCACACCAAUUCGAAUUCCAUCACAUCAUCCGACGAUUCUGUGUUGUUUCCAACUGCUAGAAUCUUCACCGACCCUUCUAGAUACACCUUCCCUAUUAGUCAAACUGGGAGGCAUUGGAUUCGGCUGCGUUUCUAUCCAUUUCUUUACCAGAAUCUUGAUAUGAAAUCUGCUAGCUUUUCUGUUUAUUUAUGGGAUAAAAAAACUAGGCUGCUAACUGAUUUCAGCCCCCAAAAAGCUACUGUCAAAGAAUACUCACUAAAUGUGACUAGUGGAAACAUAGUGAUCACAUUUUCCCCUUCAAGAAACUCAUUUGCAUAUGUCAACUCUGUGGAAGUUGUCUCUGCUCCUGAUAGCCUCAUCAUUGAUGACGCCUCACUUUUCAACCCAAUUAGGGCUUAUAGUGGUCUACUUGAUCAAGCUCUAGAGACUGUUGUUAGGGUUAAUAUGGGUGGACCUAUGGUGUCGUUGGUGAACGACACUUUGGGGCGAAGUUGGGUCCCAGAUAGGGCCUUCUUGCUGCACCCUGACCUAGCCACCACUGCCUCCAACAUUGGUGGUGUUAGGUAUCCGGGAGGCGGUGCAACUCAAGAUACUGCCCCUCCCACAGUGUAUGGAACUUGCACCAAGAUGAACUCUGAGAGUGAUCCCAAUAGCAACUUUAAUGUGACAUGGAAUUUUGGAGUGGAUGUUGGCUUUCAGUACUUGAUUAGGUUGCAUUUCUGUGACAUUGUGAGCAAAGGGGCUAAUCAGCUUGUGUUUGAUGUGUACAUUGAUGCAUUCUUAGUUGAUCAUGAUCUUGAGCUGAGUUCUGUGAGUGGAGGGCGUUUGGCCACCGCGUAUUUUAGGGACUUUGUCACCCCAUUGAUGGAUAAAAAUAACUUGAGUGUGAGUAUUGGUCCUUCUAAACUGAGUUAUUACCCCGAUGCCCUUCUCAAUGGAUUGGAGGUUAUGAAGAUAAGCAAGAAGGGCAGCUUCUCCACUGGUGCAUCUAGUUUAGCUGCAUAUUCGAGAUCCAAGAAGAAGUUGGCUGCGAUUGUAGGUGUGAGUGUUGGGGUGCCUUUUGUUGCUGUGAUUGUGAUAGGGGUUCUGGUUUUCAUGCAGAGAAGAAAGAAGAAGCAAGAAGUUAGCCACUCAAAAACAUGGACUCCUGUAUCAGUUGAUGGUGGAGCUUCUCACACCAUGGAUUCCAACUUGAGCUACUGCAUCCCAUUUGCUGUGGUUGAAGAAGCAACCAACGGCUUCGAUGAGAGCCGUGUGAUAGGGGUUGGUGGCUUCGGAAAAGUUUACAAAGGCGUUCUGAGCAAUGGGACGAAGCUAGCUGUGAAGAGAGGCAAUCCGAGAUCCCAGCAGGGCCUAGCAGAGUUCAGAACUGAAAUCGAGAUGCUUUCAAGGUUCCGUCAUCGCCAUCUGGUUUCUUUACUUGGCUACUGUGAUGAGAAGAACGAAAUGAUUCUUGUCUACGAGUACAUGGAAAACGGCAGCCUCAAGAGCCAUCUAUACGGCUCGAAUUUCCCCAGUUUAGGGUGGAAGGAGAGGCUCCAGAUAUGCAUUGGAGCAGCACGAGGUCUACACUAUCUUCACACUGGCUCCACGAAAGCAGUCAUACACCGCGAUGUGAAAUCCGCAAACAUAUUGCUGGAUGAGAAUCUCAUGGCUAAGGUAGCAGAUUUCGGGCUGUCCAAAGCGGGGCCUGAUAUGGAUCAGACGCAUGUCAGCACAGCCGUCAAGGGCAGCUUCGGGUACCUUGAUCCCGAGUACUUCAGAAGGCAGCAGCUUACAGAGAAAUCCGAUGUGUACUCAUUCGGUGUGGUGAUGUUAGAAGUUGUGUGUGCGAGGCCGGUGAUUGAUCCAACCCUGGCUAGAGAGAUGGUGAACUUAGCCGAAUGGGCGAUCAAGUGGCAGAGGAAGGGGGAGCUGGAUCAGAUCAUCGACCACAGCCUCGUUGGCCGGAUAAAACCAGACUCCCUCAGGAAAUAUGGCGAAACAGCUGAGAAAUGUCUGGCUGAUUUCGGCGUGGAUCGGCCCUCCAUGGGAGAUGUGCUGUGGAACUUGGAGUAUGCACUGCAGCUUCAAGUGGCAGUGAUGAAAGAUGACCCAGAAGAAAGCAGUAGCAAUUUCAUACAUAACAUUUCUCCACAGAUCACCAACUUCAACAGCAAUUCGUUUGAGAACGAUCUCUCUGAUGCUUCUAUUAGUAAAGUCUUCUCUCAGCUAAUCAAAUCUGAGGGUAGAUGAUUUGCACAACUGCUACAACUUUUCCUUGUAAAUUUUGUUAAGUUUGUGAGGUUGUUAAUGUUUAGAUACUAUCAAGUUUCAUUUCUAAUAAAAUCUAUAUCCUCCUUCAAGAUACCAAAAA